CCGAACAGCGCUUCACGUAAUCACGUCCUCCGCCCACCUCCCGAGGCCCCCCGAGCCUCGGCAAGCAAGCAAAGCAAUCUGUCUGGCACUUUGUUCGAGAGGCCGGUCUUGUUGCAAAACAGUCCGCUUUGUUGAUAAAAAAUAACUGUGUAUGUGCAAAUACCAGCUACUUCCACGGUUACCAAGCACGGAGACCAUCUCAUUGGAAUCACAUAGAAGGCUUCAACAUGGCAUCAGUGGUGUUAGAGGGUGAGAAUCUAGGAGAAAGACAUCGUCACUUCAACAGCUUAGUGAAAAAAGCCAUAGCCGAUAAAACUGCGUUGGAACCCAUCAACUAUGACGACCCAGACGUCGACAACCUUUUGAAGAUUGACGUCGCCAGCACUACCAGAAAUGUGGAGUACGUACUACAGGUCCUGACAUCCGAAGACAUGCUGUACGUAUCUAGGGCAAUCAAAAAAUGCACUUGGCUCAUAACCGAUGACCAGUACGCUCACAUCAUCAACCCUAAAUACCUGAAAGAUGAACUUUUCCCAAAAAUGACCUCUAAGGGUAAGAGCAAAUUGAUUCUCGCCAUAAGACUCCAUCUACGGGACCCAGCACGCGUUGAAGCGUUCUACGAAUUCUACGCUGACGACUUGCAAAUAGCUCAAAAAUGGCUCCCAUACUGCUCUCCAGAAUUCAUAGAAAACAUCGUUUCGAAGCACGCACGCGAAAUCAAAUCUCAAACGUUAAAACGCCUGUGUGAAAUUUCCUUCAAGUACUUCAAAAUAUACGCAACAGCUGAAAACACCGGAUAUUUCAGACAAGACCACCUCAAAAUUACAAUGUUUCUAUUGAACGAUCACACUGAAGAAUAUCUUGACAUCAUAGAAUCGCUCAAGAAAUAUGAUGUCCCAAAAUUUAAGAGCAAGGCCACUGAAACAAUAAUGCGGAAGUGCCACGACAGAAUCGUAAAAAACUUCGUGAAUUAUGCUUUCUGCAUCCACCUUCCUACUUUCGCCAAACAUUUGAAGAAGGAGAUAAUUGAAGAUUUUCUAACUCAGCAGGCUGAAAAUAAGAAAAUGAAACAUUGGGUUAAAUUCGAAAACAUUAAACACUUCGUUCAAUACUUACCGAUUGACAGGAGGUUCGAAUUUGUUAGGAAACUAUUCAUUGAUAAAGAGAAAGAGGAGAAUAAAUCGGAUACUGUAAAUCUAGAAGACGACGCGUUUUGUGACGACGGUGGAGCACAACCUCGCAUGCAACUUUGCAGCAUGAAGUUGUCAUCAUCAAGGCACAUCUCGGCUAGCAAUGCUCAUAUUUACCGUUGGUAUCGCUUUGCUCCAUUUGAAUCGGCUUUUAAUGAUUUGAAAAAGUUGAUUCGCGCCGAAUCAAAUCCUGCUGAACGCACUGCUAUGCUGUCAAUUCUUUUACAUUGCACCAGACGCAAUCCACGACAUAUUCAAACUCUCUUGCAAUUUUAUCGCGAAAAGCAUAUUAAUGAACCUUUUAAGUUCAAAGUUCAAUUUGCAAACACCUUCAUAUCUUUGAACGCAAUACACCAGUUUGAUGAGAACACAUGGAAUACUCUCAAUGACAUAUUCACUAGUAUGGAAGUUUACAUAGAAUCUGAAAACAGUGUACCGUUCUGUGUAAAAGCGAUUAUAGUAUACAAACUCCUUCACAACCAAACCAUCCCUGAAAUAAUUGAAAAGAAGCAUACCUUUGAUACUUUUGAAGAUUAUCGAAAGAAGCUUAAUGAGAAAGAGCAGAAUAUACUGUUUGAUUAUUUAUAUAAUCUUGAACUUAAAAAGCUAAACAAAGAAGUUACAAAUGAAGUAGAUAUGAUUAUUACCAUUGGAGCUUUGAAUAAUAUUCUAAAACUGGUUACAGCUUGGAAAAAGAGGGUCGAAGAUUACCCUAAAAUAUUUGAGACCAUUAGGUAUUUGAUCACAAUUAAAAAGGAAAAAUCGUGGAAAACUAGCCUUUCGGACCUAUAUCAAGCACAGAAAUUACUGAGGCGAAAUCUAUUUGAAGAUUCCCUCGCUUUAAAGCAAACCGAUGAAGUGUGUGUUAACGCGCUGAAGCACGACCCUGGUCUCUUAGACCGCUACGAAGCUGAAAUUGCAGCAAUGCGCUCAAAUGACGCCAUUUCCUUGAGGAAAUCACUGGGAAAACUGAGGAUUUAUUGGGCGAACUCUUUAGCUCAAACAUGGAUUGAAGCAUACAAAAAUCAACUUGAGAAGCCGAACGGUCAUAAGGCUGCCAUAAAUGGCAUAUGCAUUCUUUUACCUCGUAAGCAGUUUUUCGAAGUGGUCGCAAAUUAUGCUCCAGUUGAAACUAAAAUUAAUUGGAGUGACACAGACGCAACACUGCUAAGCUUAAGGAAGAAUAUAGCCCAGCAAAUGCAAUUUGUUAGACCACCACCAAAUCUAGAAGGCAUUUUGACUUAUGCAAAGGAAGACUACCUUCAGUAUGCGCUGCCUUCUCUCAAUGCCAUUUUGUACAACAUGAGUUCCGCUAAUACAUCAGAAUGUAUUCAACGUCUGGUGAACGCGCCAGUUUCAUUGCAAAAACAUGGCAUACGGCUUGCGUUUAAUAAAUUGCAACUUUCCGAAAUCAAAGAUCUCAUUCAUAAUAUUUGGAAAAAUUCUAAAAACUCUUCUAUAAAAACGGUGUUGUUCAAACAAACGUAUGAUCUUUUGAUUAAAGAAAAAAAUGAAUCAAACAUCAACCAAAUUUGGGAGUUGCUCAGCAAUUUCAUUGAUAAGUUAUCACAGGAGGAGAACCGGANCAAUACUUUUGGCCAAGGCUGUAUAUCUCACACUAGGUAACGUAAAAAGUUUGCCCAUGUCUGUACGACCUGCAUGUUUCGUCAAAAGUUAUUUAUAUUUGAUAUCACUCCCCACAAAAGCAAACUGUGAACCGAUCAUAAAAUCCUUAGAAAGUCAAGCUGUUGACUUUAUUGAGCUCCUGGAACCGGCUUUUGUAGAAGACGUGUUAUUGAAAUCUACAGCAGAACUUAUGGCCGAGACAAAUGUUUAUGAUAUGAAGCUUACGACAAGAGUACGACUGCUUACGUCAUACAUACUUUCGAUCAAAGAUGAAGAAACACAAUAUAAAAAAUAUGAAAAAGUUUUACACCCGGUCUUGGAGAGCUGUUAUAAGUCAUGGGGACAGAAGAAGGAUAAAUCCUAUGUGGUUAGGGAUAACUGCAAGGUUCUGCUAAAAGAUCUUCUAAUCUACACCAAAAAACAUAUACAGAAGACGGCUACAGUCCCGGCAAAAAUGUUUAAAGAUAUUCAAACGAAAAUUGUAGCUGCAUUGGCACCUGAAGAAAAUUAUGCAAUAUUGUCUUAUUGGAAUAUAACAGUUUUAUUUGUAGAAUCUGUAGCCAAGUAUUUGAAAGACCUAGAGAAAGAAAGUUCAGCCAAAAAAUCUGGUGAUGAGCAGGUAAAACUGAUGAAGACGCCAUGUUGUAUGUCGGGUUGUGAAAAUCAGCCCAACGACCCAGAAUGGGAAAAAGCGUGUUCAAAAAUAGCAAUGUACUUCGGAGAAGCGUGUUUGAACUUUUUGAAAACUGAUAUUUCGUUCGAAAACCGAUCUAUUUUCACCAUAUUCGCUUCAUCACUCUGCGAGGUAUUCACGAAUGUGGAUUUUGAAAGUAUUCAUCGCCUCAACACAUUCGUACCUAUGCUUGCUGACAGUAAUAUUAUAGUGAGUUACUUGGUAGUCCUCGAAGCGCUGCGCUCUACGUAUUCCUAUGGCCAGAAACUCGAAGUGAAACAAACUAUUAUUGAUAUUAUUAAAACGCACCCGUCUACAGAAGUAAAAAUACAUUACCAUAUUGUGUUUAAAAAUUACUUUCUGAGAGAGA